GCCACACCCCCGAACAUCGUUACCGCAGCAGCAGCGGUGGUGUGAUCAUGUGACGCCUGCAUUUCCGACACAACAAUACAACGCCGUGUCGGUCUGCAUUCACGCUCCCACUCUCCCCCCCACGCCUCGCUCUCGGUAUGGCGGACGGCGAGAGAUCUCCGUUACUGUCAGACCUGGGAGAUGGUGCUCUUGGCAGCGGUAACGGCGGGGUGUCUCCCGGUGCAGCGCCUUACAGUGUGCCCAACAAACCACAGAACUUCCUUCCAUUCCCCAGCCCAACUCAGCCCUCGGUGCUCCCAGGGGAGGACCCUCCACCCUACUCCCCUCUCACCUCCCCAGAGAGUGGCAGUGCCCCUGUAAUCCCCUGCAGGGUGUGUCAGAGCCUGAUCUCUGUGGAGGGGAAGAUCCACCAGCAUGUGGUGAAAUGUGGCGUUUGCAAUGAAGCUACACCUAUUAAGAAUGCCCCAGCAGGGAAGAAGUACGUUCGCUGCCCCUGCAAUUGUCUGCUCAUCUGCAAAGUCACUUCCCAGAGGAUCGCCUGUCCCCGGCCAUAUUGUAAGAGGAUAAUCAAUCUGGGUCCAGUCCAUCCUGGUCCGGCCAGUCCUGACCCACAGCCAGCCGGAGCCCGCGUCUCCUGUGGACACUGCAGCAACACCUUCCUGUGGACAGAGUUCACAGACCGGACGCUGGCCAGGUGCCCACACUGCAGGAAAGUCUCGUCUAUUGGUCAGAGGUAUCCCCGGAGGCGGAGCUUGUGGUGUUUUCUACUCUGCUUGCUGUUCAGCAUCUCCACCGCCGGGCUGAUGGCUGGAACGUGGGUGAAGGCUCAGACCUACCAGGGGAUCUACGCGUCGUGGGCCGUGCUGCUGCUCCUGGUCCUCGUCACCCUGGCUCGGGCCUUCUACUGGGCCUGCAUGAGGGUCAGCCAGCCACUCCAGAACUUCACAUAAAGGCCCCUCCCCCAAAACUCUGCUGCACCCUCUUCCCAACCCACCAGGCAGGAGAAAAGAUGGCUUUAAAAAAUGAACAAAAACAAACAAAAAAAACAAAACACCAAAAACAUCAUAUUUAUUUAAAUCCAACUACAGAAAGAAAAAGUUCUCCUUCUCCUCCUGUUUCUUCCCUUUUAGUCAAAUGUGUUUCUAAAAGUGGAUGGCAGUGGCUGCGACUGCCGUAUAUCUAUCGGUAAUUAUGAUGAUGAUGCGUGUAGCCUAAUGUACUGUUUAUCUGUUCUAAUAUCGUGGCCAGUGUGGGGUUCAUUUUAACAUUCUAACGACUUUUCUUCUUCUCUUUCCCACUGCGCUGUUUCUACAUUUUGGGUUUAGUCUGUGGCACAUCUGUUGCACUCUGGCAACUUCUAAGAUGAGGGCUUGAAGUUAAGUCUCAGAUGUGAAUAUUGCCCUUGUUUUUGUGUAGGGGGACUUUGCUCCUCCAAUCCUAAUUUGAUAUUAGGUUUAGCAUUUGAGCAUUUAACAUUUUUUAAACUGACAGAAUUAUUUUGUAAGAGCGGCAGUGAAGUCAGACGAAGCUGACAGAUUGAUGUUAGCAGAAGAUGAUUGGCUGGAGGGACAUCUGCCUCCUUUUGUGAAUCAAAAAGAUCAAGUAGGUGUUGAAAUUUGUCUGAAAAAUUGAAUUCAGCAGUAUGUGGCGGUAGGCUAUGAUGUUUCUGAACUCAAUGUUUAUGCUGAAUUAUCCCCUGGGACUGACUUUGAUCCAAAGCAGCUUGAAAGCCUUAAAAAGGAGGUGUGAUAGAAGGAUUCAGCACAGACACACGCAUACACAGACACGACAUACACUCAUACACACAGUCACAUAAAUGCAUACUGGUAUACAACAAGAGGAGGAUGCUCUUUUAGCAUUUCAACAGCUCAGAAACCAGUUUGUCAAAGGCACCCCAGCCUCUCUCUUCAAAGACAGACCAGCAGACAGAUUUUCUCCAAGCUGUUGUCCUUGGGAUGUAUGGAGUACAACCACAUCUGCAGCUUUUGUCUUUCAUUCAAACUAUAACCAAUAGGAUUACUUUUUUAUUUUUUUUAUUAUUUAUUUUCCUAUUAUUUGUAAAUCCCAACUUCAGACUCAAGCUGAUGUGUCAGCUUUUGUGUACACAGCAAAAUAGGGCAUAAUCCCCAUUUUUAAGAGUCGGGUUUGCAUUAUUGCAGACACCCUUUGACUCCAUCUGAUUUGACUUUGUUUGGCUCUGCUUUCUGAAGCAGACCAAAGUAUGAAAGACAAAGAGACAAAGAACCACUGGAUGUUGCAUCUGCAUCUUUAUUCCCACAAAACCCCUUGUGAGUAGAAGGUGUGUUUUGGACAAACUAUACUACGUGUUUUGCUAGCCGAGGUUCAGUCUGUGUAUGCAGAGCAACAGCAGGCCCCAAAACAUGCAAAUUCUUUCGACUUUUAUAGAAUGCAUCAGAGCUCACCAUUCGUGGUGAAAACGUGUCCGGUUUUUGUCAUUGAAGAUGGGGGCUGGUCCCGAGCUUUCAGCUGAAGGCCAGUGGAAUAUUUGUUAAAGAGGAAAGCUCUGCCUACUAACACACACUACACCAUACAUUCUCACUCAGUAUAAGUCCCACAAUGACUUUUCUGUGGUUCUGAAUGUGGUAACAUUUCUGUUGUUAAUUAAUUACAUGUUUUUGUUUUGAUUGUAAAUAUAUUUGUCGUUUAUGUACAAUGGAAGUGACUAAGCGAAUUAUGUUGCACUCUGAGCUUAACACUACUGCUGCCAUCGCUGCAAACAGCGUUUUAUUUCUUGUUUUUAAGAAGGUUAUUUUUGCAACUCUUCACCUGUUACAUAUUUAAUGGUUUGACUACUAACCUAAUAAGCCUCCGGACACCCGGUUGUGUCCAAAUCGUGAGCAAAACACUGCAACAAAGCCCAAGCAGUGACAUUUAUCUCUCUCACACACACACACACACAAACAUCCACAGCACCUUAUACAGUAGUGAGAAACGCUGCAUACACCAAGUAAAGUGAGAUGAAGUUACCUUAGCUAGACUGACCCGAGGUCGCGGACAGUUCAUAGUGUGUCAUGUUAUUUAUUAUACACGCUGCAAAAAAGGCUCCUUUAACACACAAGUCAUUCAUCAAGUCCUAAAAUCGUAUUUCUUGUAUUCAAGACUGGACCAAGGGCAAUUGUUUUUUUGUUUUUGUUUUAUCCCCCCCCCCCUUUUUUUUUCUUUAUUUUUUAUUAAAAAAAAAUAAUCUGUUUCAAGUGAUGGUCAGUGCAUUCAUUUCCAAGGCUUUGGUGCAAGCAAGUUAAAAAAGAUUAUACGACAGAAUUUAAGAUGACAUGACUUGUUUAAUAAGACCUUUUUUUCUUUGCAGAGGUGUGAUUAUGUCUUAUUCAUGACUGUAAAAGAAAUCAAUCAUGUUAAUGCCAAUAAUCAAGAAACCUGGCUGAUGCUCUUUUCAGAGUUUGUUUACACACAAAUAAAGACAUGAUGAUGUAUGAAA